AAUAAAAUAAAAAAAAAAAUAUAAAAAAAAUGACAUCAUAAAAUUCUAAUUUCUGUGUAUGUGUUCGAAUAAAGCCUACAACCUGUCCUUCCUUUUAUACUAAUGGUCAUUAAGAAGAUUGUAAAUAUAUAUCAGUAGGUCCAUAAUAAUCAAUUCUAUUAAUGUAGCCAAAUAGCACAUGUGGUAACAAAGUAUUUAUGUACGACAGAGUAUUUGAUUCUUAAACAAAAACCUUAUAAAUAUUCUAAGAAAUAGUAAAACCUAUAUUAAAUGAAUCUCUUCUGAAUGGAUUUUCUCAAACAAUAUUAGUUUACGGAAUGACAGGUUCAGGAAAAACAUAUACAAUGUUUGGAAAUAAUUUUGAGAAUAAAAAAGAAGAAGAAAUAGCAUUCGAAGGUGGAGUAGUCUAAGAAUCCGUAAGGUUUAUAAUAGAAAAAUCUCCUGAAAAUAAAAUAAAGGCUAAAAUGUCUUAUUUGGAAAUUUAUAAUGAAUAAAUAAGAGAUUUACUAUCUUAAAAUGAAUAAUCUAAUAAUAAUUUAAAUAUUUUAGAAGAUUUAUAAAAGGGAGUUUAUUGUCCCUAACUUAUUGAAAAAGAUAUUCAUAAUUUAUAAGAAAUACAAAGCUAUAUUUUUUAAGGAAAUAAAAAAAGGACUAUGGCUUCAACUAAAAUGAAUGAAUUUUCUUCAAGAUCACAUGCUAUUAUUUAAUUAUAACUGGAAAUAGAAAAAGAUAUGUCCUCAAAUAAAGGAUUUAAAAACUACUUUUCCCCAAAACUAUAUCUAGUAGAUUUAGCUGGAAGCGAAAAAGCCUUCGAAAAUAAAGGAAAUAGACUUAAAGAAGGUUCCAAUAUUAAUAAAUCUUUACUUUCAUUAGGAAAUUGUAUUAAUAUUUUAGCUGAAGGGAAUAAAAAAUUACAUAUUCCUUAUAGAGAUUCUAAAUUGACUAGAUUAUUAAAAGAAAGUUUAGGUGGAAAUGCAAAAACUUUAAUAAUAGCAUGUAUUACUCCUGCAUUUAAAUAUAUAGAAGAGACGAUUAAUACCUUAAAGUACGCUUAAAGAGCAAAAAAUAUAAAAAAAGAAGUUUAUGAAAACAUAAAAUAAAUAUAUGAAGAAAAUAUUCAAGUUUAAUAAUAAUAAUUUUUAGCAGAAUAAUAAGAAAUAAAUAAGAAAUUAUUUGAGCAAUUUUUAUAUUUAAAAGAAUAAGAAUAGGAAAAUUUUGAAUUAUAGAACGAAAAAAAUAAAAAAUAACAAGAAGAAGAAGAACUAGAAAAAAAAACUAAGAAAAAUAAUUAAUAGAAGAACAAAAUAAUACAUAUGAAAAAAAAUAACAUUAUUAAUUUAAUAAUUAGAAGAAUCAUUAACCGAAAGUGGAUAUUUAUAAACAAAAUUAAAAGAAUUAAUAAACAUAAAAUAAUAUAAUGA